AAAUCGCUCGCCCGGGUCUUUCAAGCGGCUGUGCGCGCGCCGAGGCCUGGCAGUGCGGCGGUUCCGGGGCGGCCGCCCAGCGCCGACUCCCGGCCCGUGCCAUGUCCACCCCUCCGCUGGCGGCCUCGGGGAUGGCGGCCGGGCCUUUCGGGGGGCCGCAGGCCCAGCAGGCCGCCCGGGAGGUCAACACGGCGUCGCUGUGUAGAAUCGGGCAGGAGACGGUCCAGGACAUCGUGUACCGCACCAUGGAGAUCUUCCAGCUGCUGCGGAACAUGCAGCUGCCAAAUGGUGUCACAUACCAUACUGGAACAUACCAAGACCGGUUGACAAAACUACAAGACCAUCUGCGCCAGCUUUCUGUCCUUUUCAGGAAGCUGCGAUUAGUCUAUGACAAAUGCAAUGAAAACUGUGGCGGCAUGGAUCCCGUUCCAGUGGAGCAACUUAUCCCAUACGUGGAAGAAGAUGGUUCGAAGAAUGAUGAUAGAGCUGGCCCCCCUCGAUUUGCUACUGAAGAGAGGAGAGAAAUUGCUGAAGUGAACAAAGUGAAAACUCAAACAGAAGAAUCAACAGCUGAAACAAAUUAUGGAUCAAUUACGAAAUCUCAUCUGGGAUAUAAAUGCCAUGUUGGCAAUGAGAAACUAAAGUGAUGUUUAAAUUUCUUGCUUUAUAUAUGUUAUUCUAUUGUGGCUUUUUUCCCUCAAUUAUAUUUUUUUCUUGAAGAAGAAAAUUAUUUAUCUGCUUUUAUUUUAGUCACCAGAACUGAUUUCCUUAUUUUUAUAUGAUGGUUCUUGCAUUCAAGUAUUAGCUUUAAAAAACACUCUUGAUUUCAUAGAUUAUUGUAAUAAACUCCAGGAGGGUAUGUUUUUGUUCAUUUUCAUUGACUAAAUCUUUUUUUAAAAAAAUAAAAUUGUAUAAA